AUGUCUCUUGUCGUGGUGGUACUGCGUGCACCGUUUAUUUUGUAUUGUUUUUAUUGUUUUUUUCAAUUUUAUUUUUUGUUACGCCACGCCCCACUCCUGCUGCAGUGCGCUGAGGGAGGUGGGGACGUUGGGGUUUUUGUGGAGUUUGUGGGGGUCGUGAUGGGAGGUCCCGCCGGCAUGCGCACUGCGUGUUGCUGCUGGCAGGGUUUGAAGGGGCUGGGCGGGGUAGACGGUAAGCGAGGUGGUUAUGAAUUUUUUUAUUUUUAUUUUUUGGUGUCUUCGGGGGCGUCCCACACUGCGGACUCUCCGUGCGGGUGCGUGUGGGUGUUUCUUUCGGGCCGCGCACAACAGUCGCUGCUACCGCCGCCUUCUUUGCGGCUGCCGUCUCCUGUGGGGGGCGGCGAGUGCGUGAUUGUGCGGCCCAUGCGUUUGUCGGUGCGGCCUCAGUUGUGGACUGCCGCUGUUUUUUGCGGUGAGCCCAACUGUGGGUGCGGGCGGUGCCUAUCGUUGUAUUCAUUUUUUUGUGUAUUUUUUUCACCGCCUAAAGGGUCUGCGCCACCACUACUACUGCUACCACUAAUAAUGCCGGUGCUGAUGUUGAAACGGAAGCAACACGGGCAGUUUCUUCAGGCGAUGUGCCAGCCACCCCGCAGCAUGCCGUUUCUAUCACUGGCGGUGUUUUUGCUGUUGGUGUGUUGUGCCGCUGGGUGCCUCGCUGUCGAUUCCGACCGGAAGCACAGCUGCGGGUUUGACGAGAUGAUGGGGAGGUGGCCGCCGGCGACUGCGGUGGUGCGUGAUGUGCCGCGCAGAGGACAGGGCGAGAUGCAGGCGUACACUGUCGCCGCACAAGGCGUGGGGAGUGAGUGGGCCCCGAUCCGCAUCAAAGUGUCCGCGAAGGAUAUGGACGACCCGUCGAAGCACUGCACCGCAGAAAGGCCUUGGCGCCUGGUUGAUGGCGACUGGCAGGAAUGCACGGAGGACAUUAUGCUGACGGAGGCAAAGAAGGACAUCGUUUUGAAGCAACUCCUCCCGGCCGCAAUUAAGCUGCACGCUGAGCGUCUGUCCGUGAGGCCUGUGGAGGGUCCCCUCCCCAUACCAGAGAAAGAUCUAGGGCUGUGCCACGAUUUCACUAUCCCUCCCUGGCACCACACGAUCGGUGUGAGCGGCGCCGACAUGGUGCUCUACAUCGACGCUCGCGUGAGUGGAAGUGCCAUUGCAUGGGCAAAUAUGUGCGUCUUUCUGAAGGACGGACGUCCGUACGCGGGCGCCGUGAACUUCAACCCUCGGCACAUAAAGGCCACUGAUGAAUUAGUUGGUGCUGCAGCGCACGAAAUUGGGCACGCUCUUGGGUUUUCGUUUGAAUGCCUUUUGAUGUUCAAUAUGGUCUCCAUCAUCCCCAAUGUGCGUGGGAAGAAGGGUGUGUGGGUGGUUUCCUCACCGAAGGUGAAGGAGCUGGCGAGGAAGUACUACAACUGCCCCACACUCGCGGGCAUGGAGCUGGAGGACGGGGGUGGGCCGAAUCCAAGCUUGAGUCACUGGGAGGAACGCAAUGCAAUGGGUGAGUUGAUGGCUCCUGCGGGUAAGCUUUUAUAUUACUCGGCAUUCACUCUUGCGGCAUUUGAAGACAUGGGUGUGUACAAGGCCAACUACGGCAUGGCGGACCCGUUGCGGUGGGGCAACAACUCUGGUUGCGGGCUGCUGGAAAAUAAGUGCUUCAUUAACGGCCGCACCGACUACCCUGAGUUGUUCUGCAAGCAGCAGUCAUUUAAAGGAAGGCUGUUCUGCGCGUAUGAUCGUCUUUCUCUGGGGUACUGUGCGCUAAAGACUCACAAUAAGUCCCUUCCACCGCAGUUUCAGUACUUUGAUGACCCCCGAGUUGGCGCUAAUUGGGACUUUACGGACUACUGUCCGUAUGUUUUGGGGCGUGGGGCGUCUGGGUGUCUAAACGGUGACCCUAAUAAGUUCCCUGGAAGCUUCAUUGGCUCGAGCUCACGGUGUGUAAAGGGGGAGGGGCUUCGCUUUGAUUACCAAGAGAUUGGCGAUGUGUGCGUGAACACGCAGUGCAGUGGGGGUAGGCUGAGGGUGCAGUUUCUUGGCGACGGCACGUGGUACGACUGCAAUGAGGGCGAGAUGGUUGCGCCGUCGGGGGACGAAUGGCGCGGGGGCAUCAGGUGCCCCAAAUAUGCCGACGUGUGCACAGUCCUCCCCAAAUUAUUUGCCCGCCCAAUACCAGUCGUUGCCCCACCACUGGCGGAGGAGUCAGACCCUGCAGACACAAAUGAUGAAUCAGGCGGCACUCAUCCUGAGCCCGAUGCCUCGCCCUCAACGUAUCCGUCGCACACCACCAACCCGGAACGCAACCCAACCAGCAUGCGUGGUGAGGUUACUCCGAACCCGUAUGGGAAAAGCAGCGUUGGAGGAAACGGGAAUCACGGGGGGAAGGGAUUCGGAAUCGGUGACACUUCAGUUAUGGCUGUGGGCCUCAGUUCCCUUGCGGCUCUCGCCGUGGCCGCCGCCGUGGCGAUGGCGGCUCUCUGA